GUUAAGCUGUGUAUAAUCGAUUUACAACCAUUUAAAUAAUUCCAUUGAAACAAUCACGAUUUAAUCCUCCAUACCUUUUUAUUGAAGUAUACUCAAUUGAAAUUGAAUCAUUACAAACGCAACGCGUUCUAAUCAUACCUGAAAAAAGAAACCAAAUAAUGAUAAUAGGUGUAAUUUCGAUUGUGUACACCUUAUUCGUAGAUACUGUGUUGUCAGACAGGGUAGCUGAAAUUGAAGAUUUAUAUUGUUGCGGAGAUGAUUUUCAGAACACUUACCGUAUAAACUACAAGCCAGGAUUCCUAAAUCUCCAGGCUCUUGUCGAAGGAAGAAGAUCAAAUAAAAAGAAAGAAAAAAAGGAAAAACAAUUAAAUGAAGGAAAUAAAGAUAAUGAAGUAAAUAAAGGAAAUGAAGCAAAUAAGGAAAAUGAAGUAAAUAAAGAAAAUGAAGUAUUUAAAGGAAAUGAAGUAAAUGAAUUAAAUAAUAGGUAUGACCAAAACUAUGACAAAAGAGGAAAAAUAAAGGAGAUAUACGGUAUCUUGUCAAAUAUUGCUGUUCAAGCCAAUAGAUCUAUCGACGCAGAUGUUGAAGCCUAUACAACCGCUGUGGAAUCUCUUGUACAAGCCGCAUUUGAUAUUACCCAAAUGAGUCUGAAAGAUAAGAUCACUGAGAAAGCUUCAGAACAGAUGAAAAAAAUAAAAACCAACACGUUAAAUGAAAUUAAUGAUGAAUCCUUACGUACUAAGGAAGAAAUUAAGGAAACCACUGAAACGAUGUUAACAGCUUUGAAGGAGUUAGAUGAUGAGAUCUCGAAUAACUCAUUUGAGGACGAGAUUCUGUCUAUUGUUCUGCGUUUGAAGACAUUUUUUGAGGACUCGACCUUGUUGAAAGAUAAAAUGAGGGAGAAAAUGGGAGAAUAUUUUUCUCUUUUCCGAAUCAGAAUCCGGAGUUUGAAAAGUGAAAUUUUAAAUCCAAAUAUGGGUGCAAAAAUGAUGAAGAUAUAAUUUUCAAAUAAACUUAAGA